CUUCUUUGUCGACCUCGUUCGUCAGCCCCUCAGUGGCGCCGAUGGACAAUCCUGAAUCCCUAGUAAUUAGCCAGAGACGUUACCGUCUAGUCUUGCUUUCCCCACAAAGAUGCAACAGCUCUUCUUGAGCGUGGCCAGAGUAGCUAGCGAAGUAUGGCCUCCGCCUGAUGCGUAAUCCGCAACAGUUACGAAGUCAGCACAGAUGGCCAACCUAAGACUAAGAGAAGCCACAGCGCCCACAUCCCGCAGAUCUAUCAAGAUCGUUUCCUGCAGCGACUUCAACGUCUCCAUGAUCCACGGUGCCAGGCCGAAAUCGAAGCGUUGGCGGUUGGCUUGUUCGAGUUUAGCUUCUCAGGGGCUAAAUCCAACCGUCCACGUGCCUUUGGCCAACUCGAGCUAACCGAGCUGGAGUCUUUCCCAAUUCUGCCAUGAGCCCUAACUUAUUAUUUCUUCCUAUUCUCUCCUCCGGCAGAGUUAUAUAUGCGUUUCGAUGCAUUCAGGGUGCGUCUACAUGCCACAUUGAGCUGGUUACCGUGUCAAAUGUCCCUCAACAGAGUCAUGAAGCAGGCUUCCGAGAAGCAAUUCAAAUGCACUGUCUGUGACCGCUUGUUUACUCGUAUUGACCAUCUAAAACGUCAUCAGCUCCGUCAUUCUGGCAUAAGACCCUAUUCUUGUAUAUUCUGCAGCGCUGCUUUCGCUCGCUGCGAUAAUUUGCGCGACCAUUAUCAUGAUUGCCCCCAGCGCGGGGAUCGACUUAUCCCGGAGACUAGCCAAAGAGGCAGGAAGCGUCAUGCUUGUGAAUCUUGCACUUCUAUGAAGUUACGUUGCGAUGGGGCUUGUCCAUGUGGUGCGUGCCUGAAGAGAAAUAUUCCAUGCACUCGUCAGAGUUCAAGGCCGUAUGAUGAUAGUGAAACUCGGACCGAUUCAACGAAAUCUGACGAUUUUGAUCAGACUUCUGAGCGGGGUUCAGUCAAAUUCCUGCUCAAUGGAGGCACGGAUAGCUUUACAGAAGGCUUCCACCUCCCUUCCCGCCAUGACAGAGCCCAAGUUCUUUCUUGGCCUGAGCAUAAUCAUAAUCAUGUGGGAAACAUGAGCCAAGCCAUGAGCACGCGAGAGCCUGUGAAUUUACCAGAUAAUGCUCACACCCAUCAUCCCGUUUCAGGAAUUGAGAGCCAGCCUGUGGAUGUGGCAUUUUACAAUGACGGGUUUCUUCAAUUUUUUAAUGGCGGAUAUAACACUGGCCCUCGAUUCCAGCCUGACGAAACUCCAACUUCAUUUGCUCACCCACCUGCGACUCCCAUUCAAGGGCUUCCCCUAACAUCUUCAGCAGAACCAUAUUUUCAACCAGAAAGCCCGUAUUCGACGAACUUGAUACAAUCAAUUCUAUCAAAAUCAUGGGUGUUGGGAUUGGAUGAGAUCUCGUCAAUGGAACUCGCGCAUGAGCUGCGAUUUUUGUUAAUGACCCAAAGAAUCCAAAAGUUUGUCGCUCUCUAUUUUCAGAGCUGGCACAAUAACUGCCCAAUGAUACACCAGCCGAGUUUCAAUCCUGAAACAACUGCUCCGACUCUGCUUGCUGCUGUCGUCCUUAUGGGAGCUACUUAUUCGGAGAACGCAAGCGAAAGGCUUGCGGCGAAAAAGAUGUCCGAUGUAAUAGAGAUGUUCAUCUUCUCUACCGAAGUGUAUUCCCAAGAAUUUGAAAUUGCCCAAUCAUAUAAAGUAGCCCAUGACCGAGUCGAUAUAAAGACAGACUGGAGGAGCUUUGAAAAUUUCCAAGCGGGAUAUUUGAUGUUUUUGAUACAGUACUGGGGAGGUUCUAGGGCUGCGAGGAAUCGAGUGAUAGAGGUUAGGUUUGGAGAAGUGGUCAGGGUUGCACGUCAAAUGCAGCUGACAAAGUGUAGGCAUGGCCUUGAAGAUCAAAUGAGCGAAUACCUUUGGCUCCAGAAAGAGUGUCGGAUACGGACGAUGAUUCUCGUAUCGAUGAUCGACUCCGCAAUGCCAUUUUUCCAGAACUAUCCUUCACGAUUGACGAACAUCGAAAUCCAAUGCGAUUUACCUUGCCACGAAUCACAAUUUGCGGCUAGACAUCCAUUUCUGGAACCAGACUUCCGGCUCAGCCGCGAGAUGACGGUAUACCAGGCUUUUCAAAAUUUGUUCGUGGAAAACGGGCCUGUCCGCCCCCUUUUCGUUCACUGCGGCACGAACAAAUUACACCUAGGAAUAAUGGAUAUGUUUCUUCUCAUCCAUCAAAUCUACGCCCACAUCCAUAUGAUCAUAAACCUUGCAAUGCCACAAUUUGGAAACCGAAACAUCAACAAAACAGAUUGCGCAACUGUUAGUGGGAUUAAGGUCGCUCUUGAGCACUGGCGGUCACUAUGGAUCUCCCUCCGCACCGAGCUUCCCAGUACUGAGUGGGAGCGCGUGGGAUUCUUCAAGGGAGCGUACAACUACUGGCUCGUAGCGCAGUUGCUCAUUAGCAAAAAUGCCAGCGUGGAUAUUCUGAUGAGAAUGGAGAUCAACUGCGAGGACAAACUGAGCCAGCUGAAGGUCCUCCUACCAGACGACUAUGAUUAAGCUUUCCUUUCUCCCUAUACGAUUUUCUUAGUGUCAUCUACGUGGCGUAAACUCGGAAUUCAUCUGGAGGUUAGAUCUAGGACGAGAUCCUUUUGUUGUUUUAGCGAGUUACCCGCCAGUUCCUUUAUUGCAUUACACGCCAAGCAAGCCAGGCCCCAUACCGGACAGAUAUGCGGGUUAUAAAUCUUCCUGUGUACAUUGCUCUCCCUUCCCAUACUUUGUACAUUUUUAUUCCUCUCGUUUUCGUUUUGCUUUUCAGCUCAUUUAGCCCCAGUCGUUCAUUUGCACAGGUUAAUUCGAAAACUCCUCACCUUUUAACUAGUUUUACCCCGUCAUAUUUUUUCACUCUUUCCGCCUGCUUGGAUACCAGAUGGAUGUUGCAAUCGCAUUGUUAUUUUUCUUUCCCGAUGGUCUUUGUAUAUACCCGCCGCAAUGCUUGGGUCUCUUGCUCCCACCAUACCGCGAGAUAUAGAUAUUCAUCCACUCAAUGUAUAAAUAAUACAAUAAUCCACCCUUCCCUCCCUUUUCAUACCCCGUUCUGCGGGCGUACAUUCUAUUUUUCCCGCUUGUUUAGAAGAAAC